UAUUUGGAAACCUGGCCGGUUGACUUUAGGCGAAACCACGGGAGUUUCUUACCAAUCAUCUAUAUCCCAAAUCUUCCCUAAUUUCUGUCUUCUAGCCCUAAUUGCAAGAGUUAGGGACAAACCUUUUCAGUAGAAAACUUCUGCCAGCGAAACCUUUUCAGUAGAAACCUUUUCUCUGCUAAACUCCCUAGUCCCAAACAAGUCAAGGCCUAGAGAGGGCGAGCGGGACGGGUUGUUAACAGAGAAAGUGGUAGAGAUGGGGGCUUUGACCGCAGCACUGAUUGCAAUAGCAGGUGUAGCACUGGGUUGGAUCACCAUUGAGAUCGCCUGCAAGCCCUGUCUUGAGAAGGGCCGUGAAGCCAUCGACCGCAACCUCAACCCAGAUUAUGACCCUGAUGAUCAUGAUGAAGCUAUUCGUGCCCCUCUCGAACCAAAAUCGAUGCAACACUCUGAACAUCCUUCUUCAACUUCUACUCCUGUCAAAGCCAUAUGAUCUUCAAGUGAGAAAUUAGAAAGAAUUGGAUCUACAAUUUGGUGCUUACUAAGGGAAAGCCACAUGUGCUCUUGUAUUGAGGAGUUUCUGAGAAGGAAUAAGUACUUUCUGUACCAUAUAUAAUUUUGUACACUAAGGUUUCAAGUAAAUUUGGUGCAAGCAUUGAAUGAAGACAAUUGUGAAGCAAUUCUGAUGUUGUUGAUGGUUCUACUGCCCUUGAGUGAUGACAAGUGUGAUCACAUUUGAUACACGUUAUGUUCACUCAUUCACUUUAAUCGCCAUGCUUACAAUGACUUCCCUAUAUUGACGACCUGAUUCUAGGAAAGAUCAUGUGUGCUUAGGAUGUCAAAAUUAAGAUGAUGCGUUGUCUAUGAUUUGUGGUUAUAAUUUGGCAAACUGUUUUGGAUUUAUCCGAUAAUCAUUUUCUAAUUUUUCACACAUAUUGAUUGGAUUGUCUACAGGUAUCCCUGGAUCAAUGCAAAUUAUUUUCUCA